AUGCGUCUCUCGCCUCUACCACGGGCAAAGCUUCGAAAAGCGAAUGCGGUUGAGGACAGCGACGUGAUCCCCGAUGGAACAGCUCGACGACCACACUCAUUUGAUGAGGGAAGGACGAUACCCCCGCUAUUGGGUGACAGUCGUCGACCUGCAUCAUUCGAGUUGCCUUCAAGAACUGAGCAAAUGAUUCCGACAAGAACUCCGUCAUUCGAUCUCUCUAGAGCCUCCUCAUUAGAGCUAACCGCAAGGCUUGGCUUAGGGCUACCGAAUCCCGCUGGAUUAUUAUCGAUCAAUCCCAACUCCCUCUCCCCCUUGCCUCCAUUGUGUUCCCUUUCCGGUGGCCUUUCCCCUCUUCAUGCCACUCUCGCCUCUUCAUUGUCAGCUUUCUCAGCGGUUGAUGUGCCCAAAUUGAUGGUGCAUUCACCAAUCGAGAACAGAUCACCAACAAUCCCCUCUCCAUCUCAACAUCCACUAACCGAUGGCCGCCUUUUGACAGUCCCUUCACCAGAUCCAGCAGCCCGAUUACUCAGCCUUGCCACCGAGCAUUUCAGGAAAUCUCCGGAAUCGUCGCGAUCGCCAGUUGGUGAUCUUCCAGCAGAGAUGUUGGCUUCAAUGAGCAAUAUGCAAACGGCGAUGCUAGGAUUGAAUGGGCAUCUAGGGCUUGGGAUGCCGGGAUGGCCGACCAGUCGAGUGUUGCCACAGUUUUGCACACAGGAAAGCGGAGACUCAAUGGGUACUGAUGACACAACAUCGUUGUCGAUCGAUCUUGAAGGUUUAGCUCCACACAUUGCACAGAUGGCUGCUCAAGCGCAACUAGCUUCUCCAGAGUUGAUGGCUCAAAUGCCACCAAAGUCGAUCAUUCAAGAAGAAGUUCGAAAUGGUGGUGGACGUUUUCAGUUGGUGAGGAAAAGAGGACGGAGUGAGGUGUGGAAUCUGUUCGGUCAGGUGCUCGACACGGUCACCGGAGUUCGUCUACCUUAUGUAGCUUGUUACGCAUGCAAAGUUCUGUACACGGACACUGGUGGAGGCACAGGGAAUAUGACGAGACAUCGAUGCCCGAUCGGCACAUCCUAUCGAAAUAGUUUACCCAGCACCUCAUCAGAAACGGCUGAAGGAGCAGCGACUUCAUCUUUUGAUUCGACUCUUUCUUCUACGCAAAUGCAUUUGCCGAAGCGAUCGUGUACUCCGGAAAGAAAGCCGCAUUUUGUGACGAGUAGUCAAGAAUCUUCUUGUUCUGUAACUCCAUUGAUCUCACAACAAAGCGGAGAUGUUCACGUGGGCGAAGUCGAGCGCGAGCUUUUGGCUGAAGCAACAGCCAGGGCGGCUGCAUUGGACUUGAGACCAAGUGCUCAUUUCACGAGUCUCGGUUUUCGUCAACUUUGUGAGCGUUUGUUGUUAAUGGGGAGACGGUAUGGACAAGUGCCGCCAUCGGAUAUUUUGCCGGAUGAGGCGAUGAUUUCACGGUCCCGUGAGAGCCUACUUCGUUUCACGAAAGACGAAACUCGAAACGAGCUUGCCUCACCGGGUGUCGAGGUGACGAUUUGCGUUGAACGGCUGGAUUAUCAGGGUGAUUGGCAUGUCGUCUGGGCGUCGAGACUCACAAACGACUGGACGCUGAAGCAUUCAGUCUUGGGUGUAUAUCCGGGUUCUCUAAAAGAAAAAGACGCGGUCCGACAAGCGAUCAACUCUUGCGGAUUAAGGCUUGACCCAGAGCACACGAGAACGCUUGGAUUGGAGACACCGAUGGAGUCUUUCGAGAAUAUUCCCGAUGUUGGCAUGGUGCUGGAAGAGGUUGUUUCCUCAACGCUUACACUUGAGAACAAGAGCCUUUUGAUGCAGUUGGCCGAUUUGAGGCAAAAGAUAGCGCAAAGUGGAAUCCAGUUGCCAUCAAAGUUCCCAAAUCGGGUCACCAUUCGGGGAGUGAAGAAUUGGUUCGAAGAGUGUCACUCGUGGAGGCUACAUCAUGAGGCUAUUCAAGUGAUGCUGUCGAGGAUCCCCGGACUGCAAUCUGAAGUGGGCGCCGUGAACUGGUCGAUGGUGGCCGAUGUGGAGGCUUUCCUUGAGCCAUUCCACGAAUCACUGACAGCUCUCUCAAAUGAGCACUCACCUACUUUGCAUAUGGUGAUCCCAGAGUGGUCAGCGCUAGUGCACGAGUGUCGCGUGGACGAGGAGGGUGAUCGUCUGUCAAGCGGGCUUCGAUCAUUGAAACAAAAGGCUUCCGCUAAAUUGGAACAAGCAGCUUCACAACUCCAGCCAGUUCACCGGAUGGCUGCUGUGUUGAAUCCGAGACUCGCGCGGAGUCUCGCAAUUCUUUUCACCGAACAGCAGAGAACUGAUACUUAUCGAAAAAUUCGGGAUCUUUGCGGGAUCUCGCCAAAAAGCGAGGAUCGUUUAAUGGCUGACACUUCACCAUCGGACGGAGAACCAUCAAGAAAACGGCGAAUGUUCUUGUCUCAAUUGGAAACAGGAGAUUCGACAGAUGAUGAACUCGAGUGCUACACGAGGAAUCAAUUCCCAACACAACAAACAAGAGAAGUGCUGACCUUUUGGGCAACCACCGGCUUGGCACAAUUUCCCUCAUUGGCCACGCUGGCAAAACGACUAUUCUCAGUACCAGCCGUUCCGUUGAGCUCAAUGAUGCCUCCAACCGCUUGCGUUUCUUCAGCCGAUCUCGCCUCAUCGCUCAUUUUGCGGAGAGCUUUCGAAAAUGAAACUGAUGAU